AUGAAGCCGUGGUUUCCCACUACCAACAUUUCUUAAACCCCUUGGUUGGGUCGGGGCGGGGAUCGAACUUGUGACCCUGUGGAUCGUAGGCAGGCACACAAACUGUUGCGCUACGGCGCGCCCAUUUUUUGAUUGAACGUUUUAGUAUUUUUUUUUUCCCUCAAUUGAAUAGAUAAUAUUCUUUUUUGAGAGCUCAAAAGAGAAUAUAGAGAUUGAAAAAAAGAAUAUAGUGUGUUUAGGAAAGAAAUGAGUUAAAAAUAACUGUUUCAGAGGUAAAUCAGUCAGUUCUUUGAAUAGUUCAGUAGUAGUUGAACGAAAACUUUUUUCUUGCAGAGAACGGGCUCAAAAGGACGAAAAUAUUGGGAGAAUCUUCGAUUUAGUUGAGGAGCUCGAAUUGGACGUCGUCGAUGUCAAUCAUGAUCAGUUAGACAGACUCACCGAGUUCCAACUUCACAACGUAUCUCUUGAGUUGGGAUUGAGGGAAAUAUCAAAGAAGUUGAGGGAGUUUGUGUGGAUGCUUCGAUUUUGCCUUUCCUCGAGUACAAGUCCAAGAGACUCUCUCUGUUUUUGGACCGCGUCCUGGACCCCGGAAACGUGGGCGCCAUCGGCAGAACCGCGUUUUACUUCGGCGCCGACGGAAUUUCUUACGUCAAAGGAAGAGGGUGAGGAAGAUUUCCAUCAAAUUUUUUCUCGAGGUCACUCUUUAGAGCCGCGAGUGAAUAAGAGGAUUUGAAACGAGUUUGAAAAUAUUUACUCGCCUUGAAACUUUUGAGGAAGUUUUCUGUGUUCUUUCAGUCAGAACGAAACAAUUUUAAGCAAAAAUUGAUUAUUGUAUAAUUUUCGUUUUUGCAAAGAUUGAGCUGUAUGUACAGUAAUUAAACUGACUAUAAAAUUUUUUCUCAAAGAGAGAUUGGUUGAAUCCCAUCGCUGUUGGCAUUCGUAUAUUGGAGUCCCUGAAGAGUAUUUUCAGAACUUUGCGAGCUCUACUAUUAGGUUGGCAUGAAAGAAAUGCGGCUCGUUUUUGUCGGCUUAUAAUUCAUCCAAGAAGCAAUAUUAUUUGGAACGGUAUUUUUUGUCGAAAAGGGCUUGUCCUUGUGCGUCAUUGGAUAUAUAGUUUGCUGACGUUCAUUCCGCCUUUCUACAAGAAAAAUAGCUCUAAAAACUUCCUUUCAAAAACUGUAUUCGCGGACCUAGUUUUCGCGUUAUUUCAAAAAGUACAAAUCAAAUUCAGAAGCUUGGCAACUUUCAAUAUUAUGAUCACCAUUGAUGCUUUUUUCUGAUAGUUAACAUUUUGAAUUGCUUUAGCGCUAUUCACUAGGCGAAAAGACCUUUGAAAUCAAAAAACACGAAAAAAUCGACGAUAAAGGCGAAUUUAAAAUGCCAUUAGACUGGAUCCACAACAGAUACCUGUGAAACUGGCUCAUCAGUUAUUACACACCCAUAUCUGCAAAAGAAAACAGUUUUUUCACGCAACGGAGUGCAAAAAAGGAAAAAUGAAAAAUGGCUUCACGAUAUCGCUUUUUCGUUUUUUUGCGAAAAUGUGUUAGCCCAAAAUCAGAAAAACUGUUCUACAAAAUUUUGCUUUUUUCGGUACAAUGCUCAGACAUGAUUCUUCGCAUUUAUCAUCUGUCCGAAUCAUUGAAUCGCUUAACAGCCAAAAAAAAUUGAAAAACUCCGAUGAAGCCCAAAUUUGGGGGUGCAACUUCUUUGACUCGUAGGCGGCCCAGUUUGUCAGAGAGAGUAUCCAUUCUCUGCGUAAGCAUUGUUGACAAGGUACUAAUACAGAUAGAAAUUACAUUUCGAAUUAAUUCGUGAUAACCUUGUUUUUAUGAUAAAAUUAAAGGACAUCAAAAACACGCAUUUCUUUCCUGCCACCCUAAUAAUAAAAAAAUAAAAGGCUUAAGAAACGCUGACUCUUUUUUGAACUAUCAGUUUUUACUUUCCAGUCCGUUUUCAGUCCAAAGAAAGUCACGCCCUCAAUGAGCAAGUCGUCAUGUGGAGCUUUGGAAAGACUUCCGGUCGAACAAGUCCCUUCCUUCGAACAUUUCUAUCAGGUUCUCCUUUUUCCAAUUUCUGUCUCACUUUUGUGCAAGAAAUCGAAAGACGCCGGGGCUCAAAUUGUAGCGACUUGUGAUCCGGCUGCGGCUCAACGAUUCGGUUUACGUUGUACUGAGUUGAAAAGUUGGCGGCCCAGCAGUAAUGUCGCUCUCGUUUUAGGUCGGUUCUAGAAAAUCACACACAGUUCCAAUUCAGUGAAACGAAUCAUAAGUCUAAACGAUACCAAAUUUAUGGAUACUUUUUUCAAAAGUGAUUGCAAGUUUAAAAAAAAGUUUUUUUGCAAGGUUUUGUGCUUUAUGGGCUUACUAGGGAACUACUCGGACUCGGGUACGCGUUUAGAGUUGAAACUUUGGUGGCUUAUAGACCCGGGUAAGAGUACUUGGAAACAAGAGAGAUUAUCUGCUAAACCCCUUAGGCUUCUGAGAAAAAGCUUUUUGAAAAUGAACGGUUAAAACUUGAAAUUUAUCAAAUUUUCGCUUUCUUCUUUCUUUUGGCUGGAAAAAAGUUUUUUAGAAUGUAUCACAGCCGGAUCAUCCAAGGCGAUUGUAUUAAAAAUAUAAAAUAAAGCAAAAAGCAGUAUUCUGAAAAAUUUCAGGCCUAAUUCUCACAUUUCCUACUAAUUUUUUCUCAGUUCUCUAUCGGAUUUGGCAGAUAUUCUCUCUUGUUUUCGAGUAUUCUCACUUAGGUCUAUAAACUACUAAAGUUUGAACUCGAAACGCGUACCCGAGUCCGAGUAGUUUUCUUGUUAGGCGAUUGUUCUCAAAAUUAGCAAUUUUAAAAAAAUUUCGUAAAUUUUUUUAUUUAAUAUGAAGAACUAGUGGAAUUUAGGAGAAAAAGGGGUAAUUUCUUCCAAACUUUCACUAUUUAUUCUUUCCUUUGCAUUGUACAGAACUUUAUUGGCCCCUUGAUCUCUUUCUUAUUAGGUUGAUAAUGAGAAGUUGAGGCGAUGAAGGGAUCGGAAUCCGAGAAGAAAUUCUGAAGCGUUGCGACGUCGUCGUCACGAUUCCCCACGUCGUCGCAUCCGAGAAGCUCUCUUCGGUGACGUCACUCAACGUAUCAGUUGUCGCUGGUAUCUGGAAAAAAUGGAAUUUCGAUGAUUCCCCGAUUUUUCAGGAAUUCUUCUUCAGCACGUUGCUUCUUUUUGAACCUAAAACAGUUUUCUAUUCGUAAAAAUUCAACUACGUUGGAAAUUUUUUCGAUUAUUUCAUAUUGAUUAAUUUUUUUUUUGAACCAUUCGAUGAGAAAUUCCAAAAAAUAGUGUCAACAAUAUUUUUUCACGCGUACAUCGACUUCCCGAAAAUAGCCAUCAAAACGGCUGAAAAUGGACGAUAAUGAACCCGGAGAAUUUGCACAGUUGGAGGCAAUGUUCGCGAUAUAAAAGAGCCGUUUGGAAGGCUGUUUGCCCUCUUUUCUUCCGAUGACUGAUUGGCUACUGAAAAUCGUAUCCUUUUCUGUUUUGGUGGCGAUUUCGCCAGCUUUGCUCCAGGCAAAGUCUUCGCUCUGUUCGAAUGGCCGACAGCCCGGCCCUGGUCAGUCAUCUUUUUCGAGACUUUUGAUGCAAAUUCAAUUUUUUAUGAGAUGGUUCGUAAUAUUCUGCUUUUUUUGAAUUGUUUCAUUCGAUUCAUCGAUAGAAUCACUUUCGAUUAGCUCAAACUGGGUUCAAAAAUGGUUGAGUAAGAAAACUCUCACAAACAAACUAAUUUUCUUCAGUUAGUGAUUCUCCAGGCUUUGUCGGAAUACUUUCCGACGUACAUAAAGAAAAUCUCAACCAGCACUAUUUUUUUGGUUUCGAGAAGAAUAAAAUUUAAUUAUCUUUUGUGUGUCAACAUUUUUUCAAAGAAAUCGACUAAUUUGGGAAAGUCUAACGAAAAUGCUAGUCGAAAAUGAUAAGAAACUUCGCAGCUUGCGAGCUCGUUCCUGCGACAGGCUACAAAUGUGAAUCGAGCAAUUCUUCUUUGAGCUGGUGUGAAAAAAUCAACGGGACACAUAGAUGUUGUAUUGUUCAAAAGUGGUGUUCUCAACAAAGUGGGGAGUUUUAGGCGAGAAAAGUCGAAACCAAACUGGAAAGUGUGAAGACACGAGUUCCUACUGUAGACUUUGUAAAUCUCUUUGCACGAGGAGAGGUAAGUCUCUCGUUAUAUUCAGGUAAAAUGAUUCCUCCAGAAAACUUCCAAAUGAUGAAGAGGAUGUGCGCGGCGACGUGCGACCUCUGCGACUUCGAAUCGUUCGAGGAGAUGACGUCAGUCCGUCGUCGGGUGGAAGGCGUCGCCAACGAGACCGCCCAGUGUGUCUUCGGCCUUCCUCGCCAACAGAAUUCCACUCAACGUGCAGAUUUUUCAGAGCCCUCUAGAUCGCUUUUUUCUUGUUUUCAGCGAACAAGAAGUGCGUCUAUCCAAAAGAGAAGAUGCUAAAUUUCAAUUCGACAGAAAAUCCUUCUCAGCUUUUCACGAAAAUAUUUAAAUACAACUCUUCCAUACCUACGUCGACGCCAAACAACACACAAAAUAAAGGUUUGUAACUGAAUCUCUUGAGACCGAAAAAACGGAUCAAAGUUUUCUGCUUUUCCCUGUAGAUCCGAUAAAAAUAAUAUUUUUUUUCUCAAAACUAUUUUCUUCUUCCUUCUCCUUCGGCCUCGCUGUCGUUCUCACGUCUUUUUGUAUUUCUAUGGUCUCGCGGGCGAGGGAAAAGAAGACGCAGACAGGCCAGACUGUUUCGAGUCGUUGCGAACGAUUUACAUUUCUUCCAGAAGUUUCUCAAAUCCUUGAUACGAAAUUUUGGGCGUAUAGCUUCAAGGGUUCCAAAAACCUUGAAUAUCUAAUAAUUUUUCAGAUCUUGAAACGGAAAAGCGACCCGCUGCGGAAAAGCUGGCAGAAGCGAAAGUCUCACAGAACAAAACUUCAGAGACCUCCGUUAAAAGCUUAAAUACCUCUUAUGUGGUCAGAAAUGAUACAAAACUUGAGAAGCUGCCAAAUGGAACGACCGUCGCGCCGUCGUGAGUGAUGCUCUGAAAAACAAUCUGAAACCAAAUUCAGUCCGAGCCCUCGAAGGAAGGCGGUGCCAGUUGUUGGGGACACGAACCAAGUGCUGAAGAACGUUUCCCUGAAGAGAAUACAGUCUCUUCCGACGUCGACUGUGGUCUAUGUGGAUGCUAAGAACACGACGGGAAGCUUCGAGUACAGAAAGAUCAAGUUGGAGGAGUUGAUGGCCACGACCAAGGUCUUCAUUGUUUGGUGUCAACAUGGAAGGCGAAAAAUUUGCAGGAUACCAUGCCCCAGGUCGUCACUGCAGAACCAGAAGCCCUCACUCUUUCUCUCACAAAAACUGUUAUUCGAGGUUUGGAAUCAGCGAAUGUUUUUUUGUUUUCGAGAAAGCUUAGCUCGAAUUUUUGUGAAACUCUUUUGAAAAACUUGAAAAUUCUAAACAGGUUUUUGCUUUUGAUGGCUUACUCCCCUCUUUUCUUCUUCUUUGAAACCUUAAUCGAGAUUACCCCAUUAAUUUUGGCGAGCUGUCGCGAAUAGGGUAUACUCGAUUCAAUUCUUUUUUCUAAACAGAAUCUUCAGGCAAGUGCUUCGACGAGUACGUCUACUGUCGUGAGUUCAACUCGAUGUGUUCGCACCCGACGUUCAGCGACGUGAUGAGCAUCCACUGCGCCUUGACUUGCGGCAGAUGCGACGACGUCCAGGUCGAAGACGGCGGCAGCGAAGGUGAGUUCAACCGGAAAUCGCUGCCCACGACGCCGACGGACUCAGAUUGCGAAGACUUCUCCAACGACUGCCGCCACUACGUCGACCUCUGCGACAACGAAAAGUUCUCGCGCCUUCUCCGCGACUACUGUCCAAAGGCUUGCGGCUUCUGCGUCUCCAAGUGUCGCGACAGACAUUUGAAGUGAGUUCAUUUCUGCUAUAGGUCAUUCCGCGCCAGCUUGUCACGAUUUCCAGUUUAUUUGGAACUAGAGUAGCCUUUUCGGCGCUUCGCUUCGAUGCUCUCGGUGUGCCCCCUUGCGUGCGCCUUUAAUAAAACUCAUUAUUUCCGAAUUUUAGAAUUUUCUUAUUUUACAAAAACAGUUGUAACAUUAAAUUUUAUAUUAAACUAACCCAAAAAUAAUAUGCAAAAAAGCUCGAACAGUCGGUUUCAUUAAUAACAAUCAAAAUUAUUAAAUUAAUCUUUUUGAUUUUCUUUUUUUACAAAUCCAGCACAGAAUCUGAGUGUGUAUAGUUGAAGCGAAAAAUGAAAUCAAUCCAUUGAAAAAACCUCGUAUAUUAAUAAAAGAGAUAGCGGAAAUUGAAGCAAUAUCUUGAUCAGAAAUAAUGUUUUAUUAAAGGCGCACGCAGGGGGGAACACCGAGAGCAUCGAAGCGAAGCCCAGAAAGGGGUUCUGUAGAUCCGAGGAAAAUUAAAAUCGUGACAAGCUGGCGCGGAAUGACCUAUACAGCGCGUGAAUGAAUCUUGGAAGAGCUUUUUUUAUUUUUCGCGAACUUUUUUAACAUGUUCUUCUGAAACGCCUACUACGAACAUAUUUCACUUCUCAGCCUGGUCCGUUUCAGUUGCUUACAAUACGCGAAAGACGGCUUCUGCCUGGACGAGAUGUACACGAAAGAUGAAAGACGGUACCUGUGCGGAGACACCUGCAAUAUGUGUUCGGAAUAG